AUGGAAUGAGGAUACAAAAGUUUAGCGAGAGAAAAGAUACAUGCAAGGAGCCCCAAGAGCAUAGAUGUUCGAAAGGACUCAUUAACGAUUAAUUCACAUGUGGGUAUCUUAGGACGAAAUGCUAAUAGCGAUGAAUAAGAUUUAAGAUAACGAAGGAACAAAGAGAUAUUAAUAAAAAUGCAAGAUGAUUAUAGUUUCAUCGUCACGCAUAUAUUUAUUGACAUUCUAGGAAAAAAAACAUCCCCUCAAGUCUAUUUGUACACCAUCGAUACAAAAUUGAAUUACUGUGAUCCAAGAUAACUCAAACACAUCUUAUAUGGCUGGAUGGAACAUCAAAGUUCAUUCGUCUAAUACUGCUCUGGACUUCAUGGACCCAAACCCACUAGUCCUUGCAGCCAUGAUUUCUGUUUCAUGUUACCGGUGGAUAAAACUAAAGGAAACAACAAUAACCUAGAAGUUGCCUUUUUCACCCAUUGAUUCUUGAGAUGCACAAGCACAAGGAUCUGUGUUCUUCACCUCUCCUUUCCAUGAGCUGGAUUAUGCGCUCUUUCCCCUUUUAUUUGUUUAGCUGUUUCCUUCCUCUCCUCCUCCAUCAAAGGAAUCCCUAAAAGACAAAAGAAGCCUCGAAAGGCAGUACAUACCCACACAAAAAAUAAUGGUAAACCAGAAGCAAAAGAUGUACAGUGUGGAAAAAGAAGAAGGAGAAGAAGAAGAGCAAACUAAUAAAGUUCCCCAUUCCACUGCUACAACAAAAAGAGGCUUUUGCUCUCUCACUAGUCACUACUACUCUACACUGUACACACUCACCUUUCUUACUUUAGUUUGUGCUUUACUUACUAUCCUAGUAUAUCUUCUUCUUAACCUCCCUCCUCUCCUCUCCUCUGCUUCCUCUCCUUUCUGUUUACUCUUCCCUACCCUGCCUCCCAAAAAAGUUCAUUUCAUGAAAAAAUGGGGAAAAUAGUUGGCCUUUUCAUCUGCAUCUUGAUUGUAGCCAUGGACAUUGGUGCUGGAAUCCUUGCCUUCCAAGCAGAAGUUUCACAGAACAAGGUUAAGCACUUGAGGCUAUGGAUAUUUGAGUGCAGAGAUCCAAGCAAUGGUGCAUUCAAGCUAGGGCUGGCUGCAGCUGGGCUCCUUGUUCUAGCCCAUGUCAUUGCCAACUUGCUUAGUGGCUGCCUUUGCAUAUGCUCCCAAGACGAACUUCAGAGGGCUUCUCCUCACAAACAACUCUCUGUUGCUUGCUUCUUCUUCACUUGGAUCAUAUUGGCAAUUGGGUUGUCGAUGCUGGUGAUUGGGACAUUGUCAAACAACAAGUCAAGAGCUUCAUGUGGGUUCACACACCACCAUUUCUUCUCCAUUGGAGGGAUCUUGUGUUUUGUUCAUGGCCUCUUUUCUGUUGCUUACUACAUCUCUGCCAAUGCUGCUAGUGAUGAAAAGUAGCUAGAGAGCCAGCCUUUGCUUGCUUGGUUUCCAUCAGCUUGUUAAGCCUAAAUUUGUGUUGUGUUUGUCCAACUUUCCCUUUUUUGGGUGUUAAUUUAUAUCCUUCGUUGCUACUUCAUCUUCAUUUUUGCCACCGGUCUGCAACUCAAACACUCAGCAGAGCUGGUCAAAGACAUACAUGAUACAUGUAGCUGAUGCCUCGCCUAAGAGAGAAACGACGAACUUCAAGAGAUUUAAACUACGUAAGGCCGCAGAAAUGUCUUAUCAACUACUCUAGUCUCUAUUAUCGCUCUCGUACUGUAGCUCCACAGUUCUUUUCCGUAUCUACCUACUCAUCUAUAACCGCAUGGUUUUGAUCAUGGCAA